AUGCUUAAGGGAGAAGUCCUAAAGGGAGGUACUCACGACAUUAAGGUUGCCAAACAAGCUCUUGUCAUUUCUCAUCUUUUUUUCGCGGAUGACAGCUUAAUGUUUGCAAGGGAUAAUGUUCUAGAAGAGAGAAGUAUCCUGGUUAUCCUACAAAGAUAUCAAGUUUCCUUGGUUCAGAUUGUGAAUUGGGAUAAAUCAGAAGCCUCUUUUAGUCGUAAUAUGGAAGAGAAUGUCAAAAGUUCCAUUUAUCGAGACAUGGGUGUUAAGAUGGUUACGAGUCAUGCUAAGUAUCUAGGAUUUCCGGUUAUCUUUGGGAGGUCUAAGAAGGAUGUUUUUUUUGCCAUGGUUAAGGAAAUAGUGUGGAAGAAUAUCAAGGGUUGGAAGGAGAAGUUUCUAUCGAGGGCGGGUAAGGAGGUGCUUAUCAAAGAGGUAGUGCAAGUUAUCCCUAGUUAUGUCAUGAGUUAUUACAAACUCCCAGAAAGUUGUUGGCAAGAGAUUGAAGCCAUGAUUUCUAAGUUUUUAUGGGAGCGAAUGAAGGCAAAAUAA